AUCUCUUUACCCGUGUAGUAUAUUCUUAUCUCACCUUUUCACUCAAGAACAAUCCCAUUCUCUCUCUCCAUUGGCCCUUCUUUCCUUGACGUCUCCGUCCUUUCACUCUUGCAUAUCUUCCUUUCUCUGCAGCAAGUUUUUGUGUUUGAUUCAUGGAUAGCAGGAGAGAAGAGAUGGCAGAUUGCAACAGAAACGAAGACUUCUAUGGUUCUCAAGAGAUCCAGGAAGCAUCCAUGACCAAGAAAUAUGGAGGGCUUGCACCCAAGAAGAAGCCCUUGAUUUCAAAGGACCAUGAGCGUGCUUUCUUUGAUUCAGCAGACUGGGCAUUAUGCAAGCAAGCAGCUGGAGUGAAUCAAACGUCAACAGUGGCAAUAGAAACUUUGCGACCAAAACUACAGAGAACACCUCACCAUACACUCCCGCCUAGGAGACCAGCUUGUACAUCUGGUAGCAACGUGAGUCUUGACAUGGAUCGCGCAGACUUGGAUUGAUUGAAUGCUCGGAGGAAGAGAUUUACUGUGUUUACCAGUCAUAUCUAUAUCCAUGAAGAUUGUACACAUUGCAAUCGGCCUUUGAAUGUUGAUGAUCUCGACUAUUUUUAAUAAAGGAGUUUAGUUAUGAGAGAGAAAUUAAA